ACAGUUCACUACAGACAGCCACAGGUUGCUCUUAGAGUACAACACAGGUGUGACUGCAUCUGAGUGAGGACACUUUCUCUGCCUGUUAAUCAUCAGCCUGGCACAGACUCAUUAAUUCCAGCCUCUUAUCACAGACAUUUGACUGACGCUGGGCUCUCUGUUAUUAUCUGCUUGCGCAUCUAUGGCUGCUUCAUUUUAGAAGCUCUUUUGGACCUUCUGAAUUAGAACCUGAUCAGUUACAGUUUAAGUCUGCGUCUGCAAACGGUCAGAAAAAUGAAUUUUGAUGAAAUUCUCUUCAUUAUCGGAGGCUUUGGGAAGUUCCAGAAGAUCUUGUAUGUGUGGAUCUGUUUACCUCAGAUCUUUCUGGCGUUCCACAUGCUGGUGUCGGUGUUCACCGGGGCUGUUCCUCCUCAUUUAUGCCGCUCCACGUGGCCCUCAGCAGGCACUCCGGCCUCUUCAAACUUCAGCCAUCUGGCCACCCCUGAUGUCUGGCCUGCGCUGUCCUGCAGAGUCCCUUUCAACCACAGCAAUGCAGCAAUUCUUGGCGAAGAACAACCUACCGUGAGCUGCCAAGGGGGCUGGGAGUAUAGCACAGAAACAUUCCAAAACACCAUAGUAACUGAGUGGGACCUGGUCUGUGAGAAUGCCAGCCUGAACAACAUGGGCUCCUCCAUCUACAUGUUUGGCCUCCUUGUUGGAGCUGUUGUGUUUGGUAGCCUCGCUGAUAAAUAUGGUCGCAGGAUCAUCAUCCUCAUCAAUCUCGCUAUCCAGGCUGUCUUUGGCGUUGCUGCUGCUUUUGCCCCUAAUUUCUAUGUUUACACUGCCCUUCGCUUCAUGGUUGGAACAACCAUCUCUGGUGUUAUCAUGAAUGCCUUUGUGCUAGGCACAGAAUGGACGGGAUCAAAGGAGCGGAUGCUGGCUGGUAUAAUCACCGACUACUUCUUUGGCUUUGGCUACAUUCUUCUGGCCGGUGUGGCUUACCUCAUAAGAGACUGGCGCAAACUACAGCUGGCUAUAUCAGCACCUGGCUUCCUGUUCAUCUUCUACAUCUGGGUGUUGCCAAAGUCAGCUCGCUGGCUAAUGGCCAAUGACAGGACAGAAGAAGCUUGGGAACUGAUCCGGAAGGCAGCACAGAUGAACGGGAAGCCCCUCACUAAAGACCUUGAGAUGUGCCAGGUUUACAAAACUGAAGAGAAAACUGGGCUGAAGAAGAAACACUCGUUCUUCGACCUUGUUCGAACUCCAAAAAUGAGGAAGCAGUCUCUGAUUGUUUUUUAUCUCUGGUUCGUCAAUGUCCUUGUGUACUACGGCCUCUCCCUCAAUAUUUCUGACUUUGGAAUGAACAUCUACCUGACCCAGCUGAUCUUUGGUCUGGUGGAGAUGCCUGCACGCACCAUUACCCUGUUCACCCUCAACCGAUCCCGCAAGAUCUCCCAGCUGGCUUUCCUUGCAGUUGGCGGCACCGCCUGCCUGUUGACCAUCUUCAUCCCCAACGACUUGUCUACCCUCAGAACCAUCCUGGCCAUGAUUGGGAAGUUCGGGAUCACUGCCUCUCUGUCCAUUAUUUAUGUCUACUCAGCUGAGGUGUUCCCCACCGUUAUCAGACAAAAUGGGAUUGGCAUCGGCUCCAUGUGCGCCCGGACCGGUGGUGUCCUGGCUCCCAUGAUGUACCUCCUGAGGGCCAUCAGUCCUCAUGCUCCCAUGAUUCUGUGUGGCCUCUGCCCACUGCUGGGCUCCGCUCUCACCCUGCUGCUGCCUGAGACGGCCAACAAGCCGCUGCCUGACACCAUUGAAGAUGUGGAGGGCUCCAACCUCAGUGAGGAGGAUGGUGGUGUGAAGCCGGUCCUUAAUGACUCUUCUAACGCUUGGAACGUCAGCAUCAACAGGAAGGACUAAACCUGACCACAGAACCAUGAUGAACUGCCACGUCCCACGAGGCACUCAGGAUCUUUUUAGGACUUUUCCAAAAGACAAAAGUCUUUGCUUCCAGUGGAAGUCACAGUUAGACUUUGUUCUUUGUUCUUCCUUCAAGCUACCCUGAUUCUGAACACAUAAAUAGCAGUUUGUGUGUAAGUAUUUUUACUCUUUUGAUUUUGAUUUUGAUUUUUUAUUUUUUUUUUACUGCUUUUACUUUGUACUUUUAUACGCCAGCUUUGCUUUUGUUCCAGUGUGUUAUUCUCAACUUAUAAUUUUUUGAUGGUGAAACAAAACUCAGUGUUAUAUUAAGAAUGAACAAUACUCAAAGUCUGUUUUUACAUCCACGUGGAGGUAAAACACAAGUUCUCAGCAAGCCCAUGUGGAUAGAAACUUGGGCCACAACAGAUAUGCAAGACCUAAAGAAAGAAAACGCAAAUAUAACUGCAGUAAAUCACACGGAGGUCACACAAGCAUUUCAGGUAACACAUUUUUGUAUGCAAUACCUUCAAUGACACGAGUCUAAUGUCUAGGAUUAUAAAGAGAGUAUGUUUAAGGCCUUAAGGCUGCAAAAUGUAUAAUUUGUGGUCGCUUUCGGACAGCAGAUCAGUAUAAACACAACACUAGCACUGUAUCACCUCUUUAAACUGUUUUGUAAAAGAGUUGUUUUUUUUUUUUACAAAUCUAUAAAUUACAUUUAAUAAAAUGUAAAAGUCACAUACAAUAGUCAGCAUAGUGCCCUGAUUUCAGAUUACAUAAAUAUAACGAAGAAGGAUGGAGAACAAGCCAAAGAGCAGUUCUGUAAUGAGAUUGUUUAUUACCACAAACUCAUUGUCUCAGACAUUCAUGUAACUUUUGCUGUAGGUCUGUUCUCCACAUGCCGAUGAGGAAAACAUCUGUAUGUUCAGCAGCUAAAUAUCUCCCUUUCCUUCUCAGCUAGUUGCUACCUGGUGGGAGAAACCAGACUGAAAAGGCUCAGUAGAGCUGAGGGUAACUGCUGAUCUGCGUGAAAAUUUGCUACAUUUUGUUGAUAGCUGCAGCUUUAUUUAAGACAAACACCUCUAUCCACUUAUUUCUGUAUACUUUAGUCUAGGUCCAGUUUAAUUUAGAGAUUUCUUAGUGCUAACAUGCCCAAUGAAAUUUUAGACAGUAGUGUUGUUCCAGGUUUGCUUCCAUAGUUUGUUUUUGAUCGAUAAAUAAAUGCUUUUCUCAGUUUGUUGUGGCAGAACUUGACUUGCACAGAGUCCAGACCUCAACCAGGAUGUUAGUGUUUGUGCUCAUUAUUGUUUUGACUCAUCAGUGUUGUUGUAUACCUGUAUAGAUCUGUCAUGUACCUUUUAUAAACAUAAAUGCCAGUUCAUAUCCACCAAACACCGGUGACACGGAGUACAUUUAACGUCACAACUUUUCUGACAAAAAGCAAAUGUAUUUUACAGGCAUCCGGUUGGUUUGAUGUUGUGAAUCUCUCCUUUCUGAUCCUUGUUUCAGUCCACAUCUUCACAGAAUCAUUGUGGAAUUGUGGUAAAAGGUGAUGUGUACAGCAUGUUAGGCUGCACUCAAGUUUACAUGAAUAAACAGCAGCAGGAAUUGUCUCAUGAAACGCUGGCGCUUGCUGUUGUGCGCAGAGAUUCACAGCUUUUCUGGCAGCUCAUCGACAGAUACUUGAAAUUCUACGGAAAAACAUGCCAAUGCUUCGCAUGACUCUUAUGUGCAUCGAUAUACUUUUACAUUUACAUUCUGUGAUUUUGCAGAACCAAAGUCUGUGAACCAAGCUGUUGAUAUUGUGUUUUUACAGACUUUAUUUGUACAUUAAAGGUUUGUUAAGGGAA